UUUACGCCGGGUGAGUGGCCUGCCCGGAGAAUUGUUGCCGGUGACGAGAGCGGAGGAUGGGCGGGAAAAACAAGCAGAGGACGAAGGGAAAUGUUCGGCCAUCCAGCAGUGGAAGAGCCGCAGAACUUCUGGCUAAGGAAAGUGGCACAGUACCAGGCUUCAUUGGAUUUGGAACAUCGCAAAGCGAUUCAGGAUAUGUCCCUGCUGUGCAGGGUGCAGAAGAGGUGGACAGCCUCGUGGAUGCUGAUUUCCGGAUGGUGCUGCGCAAGCUUUCUAAGCGAGAUGUCACCACAAAAUUAAAGGCAAUGCAAGAAUUCGGAGCAAUGUGCAAAGAGAGAGAGAUAGAGGCAGUCCGGGGUGUCCUACCAUACUGGCCCAGAAACUACUGCAAGAUUUCUUUGGAUCUUGACCGCAGAGUACGGGAGGCCACGCAGCAAGCCUUUGAGCAGCUGAUCCUGAAAGUGAAGAAAAACUUGGCCCCUCACUUGAAGAGUUUGAUGGGCUUCUGGCUCAUAGCCCAGUGUGACACCUACUCACCGGCAGCCAGUGCUGCCAGGGCCGCCUUCGAAGCUGCAUUUCCUCCCCAUAAACAGCCGGAAGCCCUGGCCUUCUGCAAAGACGAAAUUCUGAAUGUUUUACUAGAUCACCUCCUGAAAGAAACCCCGGACUCCCUAAGUGAUCCGCAGACAGUCCCACCAGAGGAAAGGGAGUCUAAGUACUUCCGAGUUGUGACCUGUUCUCUUCUGGCUCUGAAGCGUCUGCUUUCUAUGCUGCCCAGAGGAGAGAGCAGCUUCCUUCAGGAGAGGGUGGCUCACCUCCUUGCACAGAGCAAGUUCUGGAAAUACAGCAAACACCAGUCACCAAGUAUUCGCUCAGCUUUCUUUGAACUGAUCUCUGCACUGUGCCAGUACCUCCCCGAACUCCUAAACACAGAGGCUUCCCGGGUGUGUCCAGCGGUGCUGCUCAGUAUUGACGACAGUGAUGCUGUAGCGUGUCCUGCACUGUGGGAGGCCGUCUUGUACACUGUAACCACCAUAGAGAAAUGCUGGGAUUAUGUGAGUGCAAGGAAGGGCGUUCUACCCAAGUUAUGGACGGUCCUCAGAGAGGGAGGCAGAGGCUUGGCAACUGUUAUCUUCCCCAAUCUGUUGCCUUUCCUCAGCAGAAUCCCCUGUGACAUAUCGAGCCCCCGGCUGGACUUCUACAACACAUUAUUUGAGUCUUUAAUCCAAGGCCUGUCGAGUGAAAGAGCCAUGGUCAGCACUACAGAAAGCUCUGCCAUAUUAACUGCUUACAUGGAAUGCCUCAGGUUUACCAUGCAGGAGAACAUUGGAGAGGAUGAGGAACACAGGAAGAUACGUCAUAUGCUCAUCAUUGAACAGCUCAUUCCUAUUAUGGAUUCCUCCUUAAAAGAUCUGAAACUUCAGAACAGUCCACUCUUUGGUCUAGUAGAGGAAACCAUCCGUUCAUGGGAGCAAAAAGUAGAGAAUCCAGAGGUUGGAGAGGACCUUACCCAAAUCUACACUGGUGUGUUGUCUUCAUUUUGGGAAAGUCUGGAAAGUGUGUGUGUGACACAUGUUGAUGUCAUUGAAGCUGAUGAAAAGGAACUUUUCGGGGUUUCUGGACUCCUCCAAGUUCUGAAGAAUUCGAGCACUUCCUUGAAAAUGAGCAAAAAGAAAAAAGCCAGAAUCCGAUUCACAGAUGAGGAAGAGUGUGACAUCCUUAAACCUCAGCCCCCAGAAUCUUCAAUGGCUUUGGUGUCUUUGAGCAAGGAUGGACCUCACCCCUUGACUGCUAUGAGGCAAUCUCGCCUGCAAGAUUUGGUUUGCAAAUUAGCAGAACUGAGCAUGGUGUAUAUAGGUGAACGGGAAUCAAGCCGACACCUGAGGUUCCUUGCAGCCCUUCUUAGUGCAUUUUCCUCCAUCAGAGUCUUCCAGGUGCUUCUAGAACAGGGCAGUGAUGACGACUCAAGAUCACAGUCAAACCCAGCAAUGCUCUUUCUCCAUCAGAAACUUACAGUCUGGCUGCAGAAGUGCAAAAAAGAAGAAGCUGAUUUCUUGGUGGAUAUUUUGUAUAGUGUGCUGCUUUGCUGCUCUGAACCUUUGGAGAGGAAGCACCUUUUGGAGGACUUGACGAAGAUUGAUUUUCCAUGGCAUGUUUUUCUGUCCAUCAUUCAGAAGGCUUGUUCUGAUCCCGUCAAGCACUCCUUGAUCUGUGACUGGCUGAAAGGGCAAGUUCUGGGUGACAGACUUAUUUCUCUGGCAAGUGACCUAUGUACCAGUGGAUCAACAGACAAGGCAGGAAAAUCAGAGGACAAAUGGUCUCUACUGAGCUUAGUGCUCUCAGAACAUGUUAAGAAUGAGUCGCUCAUAGGGGACAUCUAUGUGGAGAAGAUUAUUGAUAAACUUCAUUGCACAUUGACUAGAACUAAGGAUUUCUCAGAAGCCGGUGACCUUGAGCAGUCUGUGUCCUUCAUCUGUGAUGUCGCCUCCAACUUCUUCAGUUCUGUGAAAUAUUGUCUGCAAAUGCCGUCUGCAGAGGACCUUCUUCUCACCAUGUUCCAGCUGUGUGCAGUGCCCUCUGAGAACAGCCAGAUAUCAGAAGCACUCAUUCUGAAGCUGCAGCACACGUGGAUGUGUGGUAUAGAUUCACUUCUCUGCCGGCCUCACAGUCUGCCCAGAGAAAGCAAGUUUCUUCAUCGCUCUGCCCAGUGGAUCACGGAGCAACUUCAGGGGUCUCAUUUCACUAUGCACAGCCUCCAGACUCUGAUAGGUGCUGUUGAUAACUUGUAUGGCAAGAUCUUAGAUUCGGGUCCGUCCUCCUCCCACUUCCUGGCUGAGCACUUGUCUCUGAUGAUACCGAGCGAUGAGAAAUGGCAGAAGAUGCGACAGGGUCUUUCCGGACAGUGGUCAAGCAAGCCGCUUUUGGAAGGGCUGUUGAGUAUGAACUCGGGAACAUCUGGGACAGAUCUUAAAUCAUUUCAUAAGACUUGGCUGCCCCAGCACUUGUGUAUGGGUGCGAUAAUGAGCAAAAUGGCUUUUCGUAUCCUGGAGAACAACGCACUGAGCAAAGACGGGGAGAUUGAUGCGAGGAUCACCAUAACUGUUGCCGAAGUGCUGUAUAGCUUACAGUGGUGCGAUGAGCUUGAGGGACCGCCUGCCACCCUCACAGAGUGCUGCAGCAUGCUCCGCGCUAUGAACAUAACUCAUGACAGAGUAAUAGAACUCGGUGACCAUCUUCCUGGCCUCCUAGAACUCUUGUAUACCAGAUCAUUAGAAAGUGGUACACUGUGGUCUCUGACCCUCCAUAAACAUAUUCAGUUGAGGAAUCCUGGACAAGAGGCACUGAAAGCGCUGACUGCAAGCACAGACAGUUACUUUCCUGUGACACAGGGCUCUUUGCACACCAUCCAGUGUCUGUCUCCAUUCUUAAGUAAAGACGAAAAGGAGUUGCUUUUAAUCCAGUUUAUCUCACAUCUUAUGUCCUGCGUGCCUGCCACAGUGUCCUGCAUUGAUGGAGGGUUUGGUUGUCUUGCCGUUAUAAAUUCUUGCCUGGAUUCUGAUUCCAUUCCUUCUCCUGAAUUUCUUCCUGGAGUGCUACAAAUUAUUGUAUCCUUGAAGAAUGAGCAUGAAGAACUCUUCCUUUUCAGCAACAAUUUACAAACUGUUAAGCCAGAGCUGAUCGGGCUGAAUGUUGAGAUAAUAAGAUUUUUCUCUGCCUUGCUGAAAUACUCCUCCUCCACAUUACCCUCUCUGGGGGAUGUUGAAUGGGACUUCAUCAUGUGCUCCAUGCUGGCAUGGUUAGAGACUGCGUGUGACAGCUCCGCUCUCUACCGUCUUCCACUUGUUCGAUUAUUUGCUUGCGUAAGUUGCAGCUUGGCAUCUGAUUUGUCUGGCUAUUUUCAAGCUGUCACAGCGAGCGAUGCUGAAAAGCUUCCCGCCAAUCUUAUCUCCGAAUGGAACGAGUUCUUCUCCGAAGGCAUCCACAGUUUAUUGUUACCCAUGCUGAUUAAAAUAGCAGGGGAGAGCAAGGCUUCAGAGAUGUCUUAUCAGAGCCCUGUGUUGCAGUCGCUUGGCGAAGCUCUACGUUACAUUUCAAAAGAACAGCUGCUGGACCACAAACUCCCAGCCAAGUUUGUCGCUGGACAGAAGACCAACCUCCCUGACAGCUUGCAGAGCUUGCUAAAUACCCUGGCUCCUCUCCUGCUGCAUCGGGAGAGAGCCGUACAGAUCACAGUUUACCAUAUGCUUAAAAAGGUUAUGGUCGAUUUGCCUGCUUUUGAUGAAGACCUCAAGUCUGAUGAAGAAGAGGAGCCUGUUUUGUCUCCACCUGCGGCUCUCAUGUCCGUCCUGGCUGUCCAGGAGGAUUUAAUAGAAAAUCUUCUACGAGGAAUUCCAGUGGGAGAGUUUGCUGCAAUCCAGCCGUUAAAGGAAGAGUUCUGCUUUGUUCUGGGUUAUCUCCUGACGUGGAAACUUAUACUAACGUUCUUUAAGGCGGCAUCAUCUCAACUUCGCGCACUCUACUCACAGUAUCUGCGGAAGACCAAGAGCUUAAAUAAACUGCUUUACAACCUGUUCAAGCUCAUGCCUCAUACGCCUGUUCUUCCUGGACAAUCAAGCGACGCUUCUUGUAAAGACCCAAAGACAUUCUUCACUGAGGAAUUAACCUUAAAUGUAAAAGACUUAUCCAUUCUUCAAUGGGAGAUCCCUCAUCUGGCCUGUAGCGUUUAUCACAUCACACUGAAGGAUUUGCCUGCCAUGGUCCGUCUAUGGUGGAAUGGUUGUGAGAAAAGGAUUUUCAGCGUGGUGGACAAAUUCACUACAAAGUAUGUCAGUGGAGUGCUGUCAUCCCAGGAAAUAUCCUCUGUACAGUCCAGUACCCAAGUCUUUGAUGGCAUGACGGUGAAGGCCCGUCCUACUACCCGGGAAGUAAUAGCCACUUAUUCUGUUGAUGACAUCUGCAUAGAGCUCAUUAUCCAGCUGCCACAGAACUACCCCCUGGGCUCCAUCACUGUAGAAAGUGGCCGGCGGGUAGGCGUGGCGGUACAGCAGUGGCGGAAUUGGAUGCUGCAGCUGAACACUUACCUUACGCACCAGAACGGAAGUAUAAUGGAGGGUCUGGCUCUCUGGAAGAACAACGUGGACAAGAGGUUUGAAGGUGUUGAAGAUUGUAUGAUCUGCUUCUCUGUGAUUCAUGGUUCCAAUUACUCUCUGCCAAAGAAAGCCUGCCGGACUUGCAAGAAAAAGUUCCACUCGGAGUGUCUGUACAAGUGGUUUACCUCCAGCAACAAGUCCACGUGUCCCCUGUGUAGAGAGACUUUCUUCUGAAACGUACCAGGCAGCGGAUGCAGCAAAGAACAGCGAGUGGUUAGUCUGUGGUGCAGGUGACCUCUGCAGACUUUAUACAAUCCUGCAAUAUUAGAAUGCAAACAAUUUAAAAGACGAGAGUUGGU